AUGUCUGCCUCUGUUCAGCACGGCGGCAAAGCCUUCGAGAAGUCUGGCGCAGCCCCUCCUGUCGUCAUCGCGAUGCCUGAUGAUGAGAGUCAUGUUGGCGCCGACGACAAAGUCAAGAAGGAGGCCCGUCUCACCAAGUACGCCAAAGGUCUGAACUACUUCCUCAUCGUCAAGUACUUGGUCUUCCUUCUCGCCAUGAUUGGCAUCAUCGUCCUGGCCCUCCAGGUCAGCAAGGAUCAGGACGCGAUCCAGAAGCUCAACCACGAGAUGGGCACUGCGCCUCGUGCCCACAAUGCUGCUCUUGAGGAUCACAUUGGCGGUCGCAUGUCGUAUCUGGAAGGCUUCAGUGGCAUGGUUAAUGAUGACGACACUGCCUUACUUGCUGCCCGCGACGUCAUGGUCUCUGGCGACCCUUCAACUGCCACCUCCACUGCCGUCUCUACUUCCAUGUCAACGGUCGCGUCCACCAUCGCGCCCAGCGUUGGCGAGACUUCUGCUACUGAGACCUGCAGCACCACCACCGACACCGACACCACGGUCAACGUGCUCAAGACCACGACAACCUUCCUCUCUACUCUUAGCAGCACAACUGCCACUGAGGAGGAAACCACAACUUCCGACACGACGCAGACCACUCUGCACACCCAGUUGACCACUACCGUCUUUAGUAACGCUACUGGCACCAGUGUCUUCUCGGCUGCCGCCGUAAGUUCCCUCGCCACUGGAACCAGUCUCUUCUCAGUCGACCCUCUCAGUGCCAGCAUGGAGUCCUCCAUGGCCGCCACCACCACGGUGCCAGCCACUGCUCCCAUGACAUCUGGUCUUGUGCCAAACAACCCUUCACACUGUCUCGAGUACGGUGAUGGUGCCGGCCCAUGCAACCGCCCCUACGGUGCGCCCAACACCCCGCCGAGUUCCAUCACCCUCAGCGUGGGAUCUGCAACAACCUCUUACCCGCCUCCGAGCCUCUCGGUGAUCCCCUCCACCUCGCCUUCCAUUCCAGGCGGCGUGAUCCCUUCUGCGACCACCUCCGACACGACCACCUUGGGCGCGACCACUUCGGACACGGGCGCCAUGUCUGGCACGACCACCAGUACCAGCAGCAUCAUCAGUGUUGUGGACACCAGCACCGUGUCUGGCACGGAAACGACUAUCAGCAGCACGAUCAGCGAUAUGGACACCAGCGUCUGCGGCCCUCCCACGACGGUCUACGUCACCCUAAGCUCGUCGGCGGACACUCUCAGCGUGGAGGGCGGCGUGACCAUCGCCUCCUUCGGCACCACCACCGCAAGCAGCCCCUCGACCGUGACCAGCACGAGCACCAGUCUGGCGCAAACCAUCACGGUGAGCCUGGCGUCCGCGACAGAGACUGUCCACAACUCCAGCGCCACCACGACGUCCCACCUUCUCACCGCAUCGGGCAUCACCCUGACCCUGACGGCGCACGGUAACGGCACCUACAAGCCGACAACCACUGGCCCUUCGACCGUCGUCACUCUGCCCGCCACCGCUGGUGGCGAAAAGGCCGCCGGAGGAAAGCCGAUGGGCGCCAGCGGAAACGGAGGCACGGGCAACGGCAUGUACUGCGUCGUCAUGCUGGUCACCCUGCUCGCGCUGCUCAUCUAG